CCCAUCCAGCCCGUCAUCAAGGAUGUUGGGGAGAUCUAUUCAAGACUGCUGGAUCACAGACCGGUAAUUCAGGGAGAAAUACGUUACUUUGUUAAAGAGUUUGAAGAAAAACGUGGCCUCCGAGAACUACGAGUACUUGAAAACCUAAAGAACACAACCUUUGAAACAAAUGAACAUGUUCUUCCUAAUUGUGAGCAGGCAAUGCAUGACAAUUUGAACGAAACGCUCAAGAGAUUGCAAGAUGCCAACGAUAUGAUCCAUAGACUCCAAGAGAGGGAGCAUGAAGUGAGAAAGUUUCAGGCAGACAAGCUGAUGGCUCGUGAAGAGAAGCGCGUCGCCCACUGUGAGGAAUUCAUGAAAGAACAACAAAAGAAACAAGCAGAGGUGGAUGAAGAGCACAGAAGAGCUAUGGAGCGCCUCAAAGAGCAGUAUUCUGAGAUGGAGAAGGAACUAGCCAAAUAUGCUUCUUUUUAA